CGCUACAAAAGCUGUGAAAAGCUUCCGUUCAUAUCCGCUCGAUCGGCUUACCAUUGGGCAAGAUUGCUAGCAUCUACUUCCUCACAACUCAAAUUGUUGUUGGGAAAGCUGCUCCGGGAUUGCUCCCUGGCCCCUUUUGCGACAUCCUCGAAAGCCUCCCACCGUCGAUCACACAGCACUGAUCAACUUCGCACCCAUUCGCACAAUCGACAUUCGCCAUGGCGGACCUGGGUACAAGUUAUGCCACCACAGCUGCGAGCUAUGUUGCUCUGGCAGCUGUAGGUUAUGGCGUCUACUACAUGUCCACCCAGAAAUCUCGCCAGAAGGCUGCCGCAACUCAAAGCAAGCCUGCUGCCAAGACGUCUCAACCAGAGCCUCGCAAAGAGGAUCGCAAGAAGAAGCAACGUCUAGAGAGCUUCACAUCAGAGACGCAAGCUUCCAAGGACAAGUCGUACGCCAAGGCUGCCGAGCCCAGCGCAGCUGUGCAAGAUCAAAAGGCUGAGAAGGUCGUCAAGGAGGACAUUGAUAACAAGGAGUUCGCCCGCCAACUUUCCCAGGCUAAGCAGGGCAAAUCAUUCACCGGUGGUAGCGAGCCCGGCAAGAAGCAGAAGGAGAAGUCCGUCAAGCAGUCGCGUGCCCAAGAGAAGGUCACAAAGCCGGUGGCUGCCCCCGUCCCUGUGUCGAUCGAGCCCGAGCCCGUCAACGAGGUCGCCGACGAGGCGGCCCAAACGACCAACGACCCCAGCGGCGUUGCGGAUAUGCUCGAGCCUGCCUCUGCAGCCCCGUCUGUCUUGAGGCUCACAGACACCGAGUCAAAGUCCAAGCCCAAGAAGGCGGCCAAGGCUGCCGAGCCGGCCGAGACCAAGAAGCAGCGCCAGAACCGCAAGAAGGCCGAAGCUGCCAAGGCUGCCCGCGAGGAGGCGGAAACUGAACGCAAGGCUCUCGAGGAGAAGCAACGCCGUGCUGCUCGUGUCGCCGAAGGCCGAUCGGCCAAGGAUGGUUCGCAGUUCACCGCUGCCGCCGUGAAGAACUCUUCGUGGAACCAGGGCGCUCCCAACGGCCAGAAGGCUGCUGCGGCCCCCGCUACGAACGGGAACCACCAGUUGCUGGACACUUUCGAUGCACCAGCCGAGCCAUCCCCGGCAGUCGAGGCCCCCAAGGCUGCCCCCAAGGCCAAGCAGUCGGACUGGGUCUCGUCACUCCCUUCUGAAGAGGAGCAGAUGAAGCAGCUUCAGGAUGCCGACGAGUGGAACACAGUUACCACCAAAUCGUCGAAGCGCUCCGCCAAGAAGGCCACCUCUUCUUCUGGCGACGAGGCCGCCGCGCAGCCCACGGCUCCUGCGCCAGCCCAGGCUCCCAAGGUCCAGGAGGCCGCCGCUGCCUCCAAGGCUGCCCCUCAGCCUACAAAGCCCAAGGGUCCGCAGACCUUUGGCUCCUUUUCCGCGCUGAGCACUAAGGAUGACCCAGCCGAAGAGGUCGAGGAGGAGUGGGACGUCUGAGGGUGCUUGCACUGACCAGAAACACAUCCCAGGAUAUGUAUUGUUGCUCUCUUUAUAUGUACGUUGCUUUGCGAGCAUUCAUUCCCAGCUUUGUACAAUACAGCCCGGCCAAGACUGAGGCGGGACCAAAAACCUUUUUUUUUCCUUUCCACAUUGUUGUGUGUUC